CGUCCGGCCGGGCUGGGCGCGGCGCCGCUCGGGUCCCCGCGGCGGAGCCAGGUGCGCGCGGACGUCGGCCCUCCCGGGGGCUCUCACCCCGCCCGACUCCCGAGCGGCCGCCGGAGCGAGCUCUGGAAGCCCCUCCAGUCUCCGCGCCUCGGCCCACUGGAGCACAGACAGCUCCUGUUCUAAGAAGCUUUUCUGUAGGGCCCAGUUGGCCAACACCUCUGGGCAGCCAUGCCGCACAGCCCGACCUCCAGCGAGGACGAGAUGGCCCAGAGCUUCUCCGACUACUCCGUGGGGUCAGAGUCGGACAGCUCGAAAGAAGAAACCAUCUACGACACCAUCCGGGCCACGGCGGAGAAGCCCAGCGCCGCCAGGACGGAGGAGAGCCAGGGCAACACGCUGGUGAUCCGCAUCCUCAUCCAGGACCUGCAGCAGACGAAGUGCAUCCGGUUUAACCCGGACGCCACCGUGUGGGUUGCGAAGCAGCGGAUUCUGUGCUCCUUGACCCAGAGCCUGAAGGACGUCCUGAACUACGGGCUGUUCCAGCCAGCCAGCAACGGGCGGGACGGGAAAUUCCUGGACGAGGAGCGGCUCCUGCGCGAGUACCCGCAGCCUGUGGGCAAGGGCGUCCCCUCCCUGGAGUUUCGAUACAAGAAGCGCGUGUAUAAGCAAUCCAAUCUGGACGAGAAGCAGUUGGCCAAGCUGCACACAAAGACCAAUCUGAAGAAAUUCAUGGACCACAUUCAGCACCGUUCAGUGGAGAAGAUCGUCAAAAUGCUGGAACGAGGCCUGGAUCCGAAUUUCCAUGACCUGGACACUGGAGAGACCCCACUGACCUUAGCUGCUCAGCUGGACGAGCCCGCGGAGGUGAUCAAAGCUCUCAGAAACGGCGGGGCUCACCUGGACUUCCGCGCCAGAGAUGGGAUGACCGCCCUGCACAAAGCCGCCCGAGCCAGGAACCAAGUGGCCCUGAAGACCCUUCUGGAGCUGGGAGCAUCGCCUGAUUACAAAGACAGCUACGGGCUCACGCCGCUGUACCACACCGCGAUUGUCGGGGGGGAUCCCUACUGCUGUGAACUGUUGCUCCACGAACACGCCACCGUGUGCUGCAGGGACGAGAACGGCUGGCACGAGGUCCACCAGGCCUGCAAAUAUGGCCACGUGCAGCAUCUGGAGCACCUGCUCUUCUACGGGGCCGACAUGGCGGCCCAGAACGCCUCAGGGAACACGGCCCUGCACAUCUGCGCCCUCUACAACCAGGAUAGCUGUGCCAGAGUGCUGCUCUUCCGGGGCGGGAACAAGGAACAGAAGAACCACAACAGCCAGACUCCGUUCCAGGUGGCGAUCAUCGCGGGCAACUUCGAGCUGGCGGAAUACAUCAAGAACCACAAGGAGACCGAUGUCGUGCCCUUCCGAGAGGCCCCGGCGUACUCCAACCGCCGGCGGCGGCCACCCAACACGCUGGCCGCCCCCCGGAUCCUGCUGCGCUCCAACAGUGACAACAACCUGAACACCAGCACCCCCGACUGGGCCGUCGGCUCUGCCACCUCCCACCGCAGUCUCUCACCCCAGCUGCUGCAGCAGAUGCCCGGCAAGCCCGACGGGGCCGCCAGGACCCUUGGGAGCUACGCCCCCGGGCCCCGCAGCCGGUCACCGUCGCUCAACAGGCUGGGCGGUGCCAGUGAGGAUGGCAAGAGGCCCCAGCAGUCCUGGCACGUCGGGCCGGCUUUCCUGCCUGGUGCCAACAAGGACACGCUGUCCGCCUUUGAGUACCCGGAGCCCAAGCGGAAGCUCUACAGCGCGGUCCCGGGGAGGCUCUUCGUCGUUGUCAAGCCAUACCACCCUCAGGUCGACGGCGAGAUCCCCCUCCACCGCGGCGACAGGGUCAAAGUUCUGAGCAUCGGUGAAGGAGGCUUCUGGGAAGGCAGCGCCCGCGGCCACAUCGGAUGGUUCCCCGCCGAGUGCGUGGAGGAGGUGCAGUGCAGGCCCAAGGACAGCCAGGCAGAAACUCGUGCAGACCGCAGCAAGAAGCUGUUCAGGCACUACACGGUCGGCUCAUAUGACAGUUUCGACGCUACCAGUGACUGCAUUAUCGAGGAGAAGACAGUGGUCCUGCAGAAGAAGGACAAUGAGGGUUUUGGAUUCGUGCUCCGAGGGGCGAAAGCGGAUACACCCAUUGAAGAAUUCACGCCAACGCCGGCGUUCCCAGCCCUGCAGUACCUGGAGUCCGUGGAUGAAGGAGGGGUGGCAUGGCAAGCCGGACUGAGGACUGGGGACUUCCUGAUUGAGGUGAACAACGAGAACGUCGUCAAAGUCGGCCAUCGGCAGGUGGUGAACAUGAUCCGCCAGGGAGGGAACCACCUCGUCCUCAAGGUGGUCACGGUGACCAGGAAUCUCGACCCGGACGACACCGCCAGGAAGAAAGCUCCCCCGCCUCCCAAGCGAGCUCCAACCACGGCCCUCACCCUGCGCUCCAAGUCCAUGACCUCGGAGCUGGAGGAGCUCGAUAAACCCGAGGAGAUAGUCCCGGCCUCCAAGCCAUCCCGCGCUGCUGAUAACGUGGCCAUGGAGUCCAGGGUGGCCACCAUCAAGCAGCGGCCCACCAGCCGGUGCUUCCCGUCUGUCUCGGACAUGAACUCCGUGUAUGAACGACAGGGGAUCGCCGUGAUGACGCCCACGGUUCCCGGGAGCCCGAAAGGCCCGUUUCUGGGCCUCCCCCGAGGUACGAUGCGAAGGCAGAAAUCAAUAGGAAUAACGGAGGAAGAGCGGCAAUUUCUGGCCCCUCCGAUGCUGAAGUUCACCAGAAGCCUGUCCAUGCCGGACACCUCCGAGGACAUCCCCCCCCCACCGCAGUCCGUGCCCCCGUCCCCCCCGCCCCCGUCCCCCACCACCUACAACUGCCCCAAGUCCCCAACGCCAAGGGUCUACGGGACCAUCAAGCCGGCGUUCAAUCAGAACUCGGCUGCCAAGGUGCCCCCCGCGGCUCGCUCGGACACGGUGGCCACGGCGAUGAGGGACAAGGGGAUGUACUACCGGCGGGAGCUGGACCGCUACUCCCUGGACUCCGAGGACCUCUACAGCCGCAGCGCCGCCGCCCAGGCCAACUUCCGCAACAAGAGAGGCCAGAUGCCGGAGAACCCGUACUCGGAGGUGGGGAGGAUUGCGAGCAAAGCCGUGUACGUCCCCGCCAAGCCCGCCCGGCGGAAGGGCAUGCUGGUGAAGCAGUCCAAUGUGGAGGACAGCCCCGAGAAGACGUGCUCCAUCCCCAUCCCGACCAUCAUCGUGAAGGAGCCCUCCACCAGCAGCAGCGGGAAGAGCAGUCAGGGCAGCAGCACGGAGAUCGACCCGCAGGCCCCCGAGCAGCCGGGCCAGCUGCGGCCCGAUGACAGCCUGACCGUCAGCAGCCCCUUCGCCGCCGCCAUCGCUGGGGCCGUCCGCGACCGGGAGAAGCGGCUGGAAGCCAGGAGGAACUCCCCGGCCUUCCUCUCCACAGACCUGGGGGACGAGGACGUGGGCCUGGGGCCGCCCGCCCCCCGGGCGCGCUCCUCCAACUUCCCCGAAGAGGUCGGCUUCGGCGAGGAGGAUGGCGCCGAGCCGCUGUCGCUGCCCAUGCCGGGGGCGCCGCCCAGGGAGCCCGAGAACCAGCUGGUGGGUGGCGGUGAGGCCACAGCUCAGGGGGAGGCCGGCAGGCCGCUGAAUUCCACACCCAAAGCCAAGGGCCCCGAGAGCAGCCCCGCCGUGCCCCCCAAGAGCAGCAGCGUGGCUGGCCCUGAGAAUUACGUCCACCCGCUCACGGGCAGGCUGCUGGACCCCAGCUCCCCGCUGGCCCUGGCGCUGUCUGCAAGGGACCGAGCCAUGAAGGAGUCCCAACAGGGCCCCAAGGGGGAAGCCCCCAAGGCCGACCUCCACAAGCCUCUCUACAUCGAUACCAAAAUGCGGCCCAGCGUGGAAGCAGGCUUCCCCCCGGUCACCAGGCAGAACACGCGGGGGCCCCUGAGGCGGCAGGAGACCGAGAACAAGUACGAGACGGAGCUGGGCAAGGACCAGAAGGGCGAGGACAAGAAGCACAUGCUCAUCAACAUCGUGGACACGUCCCAGCAGAGAUCGGCCGGCCUGCUGAUGGUCCACACCGUGGAUGCAGCCACCACCGACCACCGGCUGCAGGAAGAGGGAGAGAGAGCUGAUGUGGAGGCCCAGCCAGACCACUCGCUGCCCGAGGUGCCAGAAGGCACUCCCGAAACCGAAGGUGCUUUACAGAUCUCCGCCAGCCCCGAGCCCGCCGCCACCGUGCCCGGCAGGACCGUUGUGGCGGCGGGCUCCGUGGAAGAGGCGGUGAUUUUGCCGUUCCGCAUCCCUCCUCCCCCUCUGGCAUCCGUGGAUCUGGAUGAGGAUUUUAUUUUUACAGAGCCAUUGCCUCCCCCCCUGGAAUUUGCAAAUAGUUUUGAUAUCCCCGAUGACCGCAUCGCUUCUGUCCCCGCUCUCACGGACCUGGUCAAGCAGAAGAAACAGGACGCCUCCCAGUCCCCUUCGUUGAACCCCAGCCAACCAGCCAACUGUGCAGACAGCAAGAAGCCGGCUGGCCUUUCCAACUGCCUGCCUGCCUCAUUCCUGCCGCCCCCCGAGAACUUUGACGCAGUCACGGACUCUGGGAUCGAGGAGGCGGACAGCCGAAGCAGCAGCGACCACCAUCUCGAGACGACCAGCACCAUCUCCACAGUGUCCAGCAUGUCCACCCUGUCUUCUGAAGGCGGGGAGAGCGUGGACACCUGCACAGUCUAUGCAGAUGGGCAAGCGUUUACGGUGGACAAGCCCCCAGUACCUCCGAAGCCAAAAGUGAAGCCCAUAAUUCCCAAAAGCAAUGCACUUUAUCAGGACGCGCUAGUGGAGGAGGACGUGGACAGCUUCGUCAUCCCUCCCCCGGCCCCCCCGCCGCCGCCGGGCAGCGCCCAGCCUGGGGCCACGAAGGUGACACCACCAAGGACCUCCAAGUUGUGGGGGGACGUCUCUGAGGUCAGAAGCCCAAUUCGCUCAGGGCCGAAGGCAAACGUGAUCAGUGAGUUGAACUCAAUCCUGCAGCAAAUGAACCGAGAGAAAUCGGCAAAGCCGGGGGAAGGACUGGAUUCGCCCACAGGAACCAAGGCUGCCGGCCUCGCUCCAAGAAGUCCAGAGGUCAUGAGCACCGUCUCAGGUACACGGAGCACGACGGUGACCUUCACGGUUCGCCCGGGGACCUCGCAGCCCAUCACUCUGCAGAGCCGGCCUGCAGACUUUGAGAGUAGGACCUCAGGAACAAGACGUGCCCCGAGCCCUGUGGUGUCACCAACAGAGCUGAGUAAAGAGAUCCUGCCUGCCCCCCUCUCCGCCGCUGCCGCCGCUCCUUCUCCCACUCUCUCAGAGGUCUUUAGCCUUCCAAGCCAGCCCCCGUCCGGGGACCUGUUUGGCUUGAACCCGGCGGGACGCAGCAGGUCACCAUCCCCCUCGAUACUGCAACAGCCAAUCUCAAAUAAGCCUUUUACGACUAAGCCCGUGCACCUGUGGACUAAACCAGACGUGGCGGAUUGGCUGGAAAGUCUAAACUUGGGUGAGCAUAAAGAGACCUUCAUGGACAAUGAGAUUGACGGCAGUCACCUACCAAACCUUCAGAAGGAAGAUCUAAUAGAUCUUGGGGUGACUCGGGUCGGGCACCGGAUGAACAUAGAAAGGGCUUUGAAACAGCUGCUGGACAGAUAAGGGUGGCUGCUCUUCACCUUUACAGACUUCUUGUUAUAAGUAGAGAUGGGCUUCUACUGAAAUAUUUGGGCGGCCAAGCACAGUCUGUGAGCACCAACCCCAUUCCAUGGGUUUGUCUCCUGGUACCCAAAGAAAUGCCGAGUGUGUCCAGGUGUGGCUGAGCGAAGGCCUUGAAACGCCCCCACUCUCCACGUGGGCUUCACGGGCUCUUUCUGUGCAGCAGGGGACAUGGGGGGAGGAGUUCUGCCACCACGGAAAGAGGCACAGCUUGCCUCCCAGCAUGCAGAUGACCUCACUUUGCCCGGUCCCAGGGACGCCCCCGUCGAUUUAGCACGGGACCCUUGCUCUUGCAGGCAGACACCAGUGUCCUCUAGAUACCUCCUGAGACCUCCCUCCUCUGCUUUCCGGGCAGCUCUCACCACCCAGGCCCGCCUCAGUCUGUGGCCUCCGGGAGGGCACUCAAAGCUCACUUGCUCCUUUCUUUCCUCUACUUUGCUUGCGGUAAGACACCCCAGACCUGUCUGUCCGGUGCCCCUUCUUAGGCCCGAAAGGUAGAGAAUCUUUUUUUCCUCUGGAUUCUUUACCCCAUCUCCUCCUGCAAUGUGCAUCUGUGGUUCUUUGGCCAUGAAGUUUUUGGUCAUGGUGGGGAGUCUGAAUGGGGUCGUGCCCGGCUUUGCUUAGCUUUAUUUCUGUAAAUCUAUUAGCAUAAUUCCAAGGUGGCCAAACAGAUGUCACACGGAGUUAGUCAAAGCACAAAGUCACGACUCCAAGGAGGAGGGGAGACCUGGCCAUGGGAAGCAGCCAGUGUGCAGCUGCCUGGGUCCCAAGUCCCCUCCAGGGGAAGAGGGGUCAGUCAUCUGCCAGGAGUGUCUCCAGGACGGUGAGAAGGGGAUUCUCUGCCUUUCGCCGUUUUUUUUUAAACUGAAAGUGUGUUGCAUUCUGCAAAAUCAGAGCAGGCGAGCAUCCACUUUAACACGAGGGUGGGACACGAGGUGCACGGUGGGCGCGUGCUGCGGUGGGGGAGACGGCAUCUUCCCUGGAGCCGGGUGGGGCGCCAUGACGUCAGGUCCAAGCCCGGCCCAGGGUGAGCAUCUCUGCCGAGACAGCCUCUCUGCUCUCUGAGGCCAGGGAAGAUGGUACUUGGGGGCUCUCCCCCUCUGUCUCCGACUGUCCACACAGCCCCCCAGUUUGUCUUACAACAGGCUUCUUGAGCACCCAGUGGGACCCCAGGCUGAGAACACGGUGGGCUACAGGCUGAGGGUGCAGGCAGACAAACGAAGGAAGGAAAGCCAGGGAGGCUUCCCGGGCUGCGCCAGGCCCCUCUCGUGAGGCCUUCCUGAGCCAUGCCCGCUCUCCUCCCUGGAGUCCCCUCCCCUGUAACAAUACCUCCGGUUUCCAAGGGAGGUUGCCACCUGCACGGGGAGCCACCGGACAUCCAGCCAGGCCUCCAGCACAUUCUCCCACACUUGGAAGAAACUUGAACAGCAGGUUUUGGGUUUUAUUAUGAUUUCAGAACUAGCCUAGCCCAUCUCUAAUUAUAAAAACAUGAUUUUUUUUUUCCUUUCUUUUCUUUAUGCUCACAAGUGUCUGAUUAGGUCUGGAACAGCUCUAGAAUGAACACAUAAAAUUUAGCAAUUUAAAAUUUCUUUCUUUACUGCAAGUUUAAAUAGUUGUACAGAUAGUUUAUAAGCACAAUAUUUUAAGAAAAAAAAGUGGCUGGUCUACUAGGCAGCCUUUGUGCCACUUCAGUGCUAGAAAGUUAAAGAAAAAAAAAAAAACUUUUGUGAUUUAAUAACACUAUUUCUGUGGAAUUAUAAAAGUAUGACCUUUUUAAAUCAACCUUAUUUGGAUGCAUCUGAACCAGCAGAGCUGUGUUAUAUUUUCUAUCUUUGCUAGAACUUCGUCAUCGAAGGACAAUUAUUUCUUCAAAAGUGGUUACAAUUCACAAUGCAGCAGUUUCUCCAAAAACAAACAUGCACCACACACGCGCGCGCACAUACACAGUUUUUCCAGCCACAUGCCCCUGAAUUGGAAACUGAGUUUUGGACCUUUCUCUGUUCCAAACCCUUCUGCAGGGCAACCUGUAUUUGAAUGCCCCGAUCCAACGUGAAAUCAUUUGAACACGAAGGCGCUUCUGUCCCGCGCACCUUCCGUCUCUUGGUCGUGGGGUGUGCUGGGGAUGCCAUGGGUGGCCUGCUGAGGCCACCUGCGAGUGUUCAGAAAACGAAAAGGUGGUGGUUGGGCCAUUAUUUGUCUUCCAUUUGGUGAUAGAGCAAAAUUCAGUCAGUGCACCGCUCACCCUGGUUCUUCCCUCCUCUGUCUACUGUUCAGCAUUACCUCCACGCUCAGUGCCAGGCGACACGCCAGAACAAGAGAGGACAGGAAGGGAAGGCGCUGCUAGGUUGCCAUCUGGUGGCUUUAGGUUCACUGGACUUUGGCUGCCACUCCCUUUCUUAGACGCCAAGCCACGGGCAACUAACCAGAAGCAAGCAGAGUGCAAGACAGAAAAAAUAAAGCUGGGCAGUCACUUAUUUUUGCCUUGUCUUAUUCUA